AUCAUCAUCAUCAAAACGUUUAUGUAUUGAAGAUGAUAAUAAUAAUAAUGUUAUUGUUGCUGCUGAUCAAUUUGAUUCCAAUACUAAUAAUGAUAAUAAACCAAAUUCUUCCAAUUCCAGUAAACAUUAUUUGAUAAAAACAAACAACAAUAAUAAUGAUGAAGAAAAUUUCGAAUCAAAACGAAAGUCCGUAUUAUCAUCAUCAUCAUCGAUUAAUAAAAAUGAUGAUCAACCAUCAACAAGUAGCUCAUCAUCAUUAUCAUCGAUUUCGCAUUCGAAUCGAGAUUGCUCAAAACAAUCGAAUCAAUUUCGCAAAUCACGUACAUCAUCAUCAUCAUCAUCAAUUUCGACAUCGCUUUUAAAUCGUUUAAUACCUCCAAAUAUAGCUCACGGAAGAUGCCUUUAUUAUCCAGGUGCCUAUUCAUCGCAUGGCCAAUUAUCAAAUCAAUAUCAAACAAGACGACAAUGUUCACAGAUUUAUUGUUGCCGCUGUCAUCAAUUUCAAGCACCUAUACCAUCAUCAUCCUCAUCAUCGCAAUCACAUCAAUCAUCAUCACCAAUGCAACAGCCAAAUAAAGAAUGGACAAUCAGACUGCGGAAUCAAAAUUCAAGUAGUCAUCAUUCGACAGUUGGAAGAUCGUCAAGAAUACCAUCGGAUUUAACUGCCAUUCCAUCAUCAUCAUCAUCAACAAUUACUACCGGAACAGAUCUAAUAAAUCCAAAUUCAUUAGUUGGUCAAAAAUCUUCAUAUGAACCAGAAUCAUUAUUAGAGAUUGCUGCACGUUUUGUAGCGGAAUAUAUACCAUAUGAAUAUAUUGAACAACAAUAUAGUUGUAUACCUGAACCUGUACAAAAACGAAUAAUAUUCUGGUCAUUUCCACGUGAUGAACGUUAUAUUCGUCUUUAUUCAUCAAUAUCAUCAAUUUUCAAACAAGAUUUUAAUCUAGCAAAUUAUACUAAUGGUACAACUACUGCUGCUGCUGUAGGCACAUCAUCAUCAUCAAAUUUGUCGAUGAAUAUUCCAUCAUCCCCAUCAUUAUUAUGGGAUUUGGUAGGAAAUCCGAUGACAACAGCAACAACAACAACUACAACAACAGCUAGCCAUCAUGAUCAUGAAUGGGAAUCUAGAUCAACAUUUAAUAAAGGAUUACAUUUACUUUGUUCGGGAACUGUUCGCCAAGUUAUGCAAAUUGGUUUCAAUCUAACCGGUAUAGUAAUCGAUCUUCAAAAUAAUAAACAAUCACAUUCAUCCGCACAAUCAUCCGGUUCAUUUCAUUCAACGAUUUCACCAUAUUUAUCUUCAUCGGCCAUUCAAUCAUCAUCAUCAUCUUCAGAGGCAAAUUUUUCGAAACUAUUUCAAGGUGAUCGAAUUGGAAACUAUCCAUAUAAUAAUCAUAAUAUAUUGGAUUCAAGUUCUACAUAUCGAAAGGCAAAUUUUAACGGUUGUUUAGUAUCAAUUACAUUCGAUAGAUGUAAGAUAACAUCAGCAACUUGUACAUGUACACCACGUGUUGUUCAUUUAUUCUGGUGCGAACAUGUAGUCGCACUGGCAUUGUAUAGAAUACAUAAACCAUUUUCAUUUGAUCUCCGUAUUCCAAUUUCCGAAACUUUACUCGAUCUGGAUCGACAGCAAUUACAAAAAUUGGUGCAAUAUUUAAUAGCCGAACAUCAUGUGCAAAUAUUACCAACAGUACAAAGACUUACCGAUGAAUUAAGUCAAAAACAAGCACCAAUCAAUUUAAUACAUGGUGCACCUGAUCCUACAGCCGGUGCUUGUGUCUAUGGACCACACGAUUGGUAUCUGAAUGAGGAAAGAACAGCUUCACAAAUUAGAGAUCUGGUCAAAUAUGUUAGCAUAUCGGAAUCGAAUAAAAUCAUUCUUCUUUUCUAUAAGGUCAUUGAAAUGCUCAAGAUUAAAGAUUCGAAUGGAUCACGAUUCUUGCGUAUCAUAACCGAACAAUUCCUUUAUUCUUAUUCUCAUUAUCUUAAACCGGAAGAUGCAUUUGAUCAAAUGUAUUUUGAUCCAUUUAUUUUCCUAUGGGAUCAUUUGACCAAUCUUUGGACUUUUAUUGUGGCCGAUCCAUCGCUACCUCCAUUAAAACGUGUAGAAUGGCGUGAAAUGUUUCGCCAUUGGUCUCAUAUCUCAAAUUGUCCCCGUGAAGAUACAUAUUUCAAUCUGAAUGUACAAACCACACAUGAUACACCACAUCGUUGUUCAUCUUCAUCAGAUAAUGAACCUAUGGCUCAUUGUAGUAAACAUGAAAGAAGAUUGAUUGUCAAUGCUUCCAGGAAUGGUCACAAUGUUCCAUUUCGAAAACGUCGAAUUUUAGAGAGAGCAUUGGAUGCUUCUUACAUCACUUGGGAUGAUGAGCAUCUACAAUUGAUUCUCCGUCAAGAUGGGCCCGUUGAUGGAAAAUCUCGUCAAUUUUAUUAUUCAGAAGAUUUCGACAAAGAUGGUUUCCCUAUUUGGUCAGAACAUUUGCCUACGGCUUGUGUACGAGUUGCCUCAUUAAGAGUGAAUGGUCGUUUACAAGAAGCACUUCGUCUUUCAAUGGCCAUUGUUCGUUUGUUCCGUCAUCGACAGCAUAUUCAAGAACAAGAAAAUAUAGGUCUUAUUCAUGUUGUUCAAUCAUCCGAUUCAUGGAUCGGUAAUCCAUUGGAUCCGAUCGGAAUUCUCUUUGAUACAUUAGCCGAAGCUUCGGUUACUAGUGAUUCGAGAUCAUACGAUGCUCAUUAUGCUUUGAUUGGCUAUGAUAAAAAAAUCGAUAUGGGUAUAUUUAGCCGAAACGUUCUGGUCGAUGUGUUUGUUAUGUAUAAUGAAGUGAAUGGGUUAGUCGAUAAAGAUGGAAAUAUGGCAUCCAAUGUUAAUGAUAAUAAUGACUCCAACAAUGAAAAACUCAAAUUCAAUCAUGUCAAAGUUCCCGGUUCAACACAAUAUUGGGAUACAUAUCUGAAUGCAGCCGUAUACAUUGCAUUGGUUGGAUUAUCUCAAAUUCGUCGAUCACCCGAUCUUGAAAGUCAACGUGACCGUAGUUAUCGUCAAGAAGAACGAUUAAUACGAAAAUUAUUAGAUAUAAAAUUGGAUUCAUUUCUAAUAUCUACCGUACAGAAAAAGGCACGUUAUUUAAUCGAAUACGGUAUUCUUAGUGAUAUGGUAACUGGUGAACAUAGACAACUGUUUGUGCCAUCGGACAUUGUUCAAAUACCCGGUCUUGUGCGCUACAUGUUUGGUGCUCUUCUACCUACCCAUCCCGAUUUAUCUUAUGAUAUUGGUCUUCGAUCUCUAAGAUUUUUCGCAUUCAAAGAUGAACAUCAAUCGUCCUCGGAAGCUGAUCAACUGCCAGUACGAUCAAAUUUUUUCGAUAUGUAUUUGGAUGUACAAUCACUUUUGGCCCGUACAAUGUUAUUCGCUGCUCGUAAUGAUUACGCACAAUUACUUCUUAUAUUUGAAACUAUCAAAACAUAUGUCAUUGAUCCACAUUAUUUAAACAAGUUGGCUCAAGAUAUAUUUAAUUUUAGUUCGAAUGGUAAUCGUCAAGAAUAUCUUCUACGUAUCGCUUAUCAAUUCGGACUUCAUCUUGCCAAAAUAACACUGAAUGAUCAAACAAAUGAUAGUUGUCGUAAGAAUACUAUUCACUGGUUAGUAACUUGCGCUACCGAAAUUGGUUAUGAUAAAAUUGUUUAUCUAAUGAGAAAUUGGAAAGAAUAUUUCAGUCCAUCCGAAGCAGUUCGUCAGGUAGCAUCGGCAGUAUUGGCACAAAAUUUCAAUUCCCGUCUAUGUGUUCGUGAUCAUAUAAUGCGUUCAGAAGAACUAGCAAGUACAGCACGAAAAUUAGCAGUCGAAUGUGCGAUGCGCGAUCCAUCUAGUUGUGCAUUAAAUGCAUUAUCAUUAUGCGAAAAAGAUCAAUAUGCAUUCGAUACGAUUGCCAAAGUAGUCGAAACGGCUGCCUCAUUAAAUCAGAUUGGAUCGCAUAAAUUGUUUUCGAUCGCACGAUAUCUUGAACAUCAAGGUGCUUCCGAACGUGCUUGUAAGAUUGCAUUAUUAGCUGCCAAUCAAGUAACCAUACCACUGACAGCUGAUUCGCAUCAUUCAAUCAAUGAUCUCCAAUGGGCCUGUAGUUUGGCACAAUGUCUUGGCACUGAAGAACUUAAUAAACUUGUAGAUAUUUUGAUAAAAAAUGUACGAUGUGCACCGGUUUUAGCUGAUAUGAUUCGUCGUUGUACACUACCUCAUCCGGUUCUGCCAAAACCUGUAAUGAUAGGCCAAAAUAAUAUUCGUUCUAAUAAUAUAAAUUUAAGCUAUGUUUCUGAUUCAUCAAAUAUUGUCAUGGAACAUCUAAGUAUAGAAGAACGAAUGCGACGACGACAAUUUCAAACAUAUCCAUUGGAUCGGCCACCAUUAUGCAAUCUACUUUAUGCAGCUGUAAAAGCCUAUAUCGAAGCUGUAAUGCGACGAUUAGAACAUAUCAGUCCACGGCAUUAUGGUGAUUUUAUUGAAUUUUUAACAAGAGCACAAGAAACAAUAAUAUUGGCACCGGAUGGUAAAAAUGAAUUUGUCAAACUACUUGAAAAAAUUAAAACACUUUAUAAAGGAAAGAAAAAAUUGAUGUGUCUAGUCAGAGAACGAUUCAAUUAAUAAAUUAAAUGAAACUUUUUCGUCAUUUUUAAAUCUGGGUAUUCAAAAAUCUUACAUUGCCAAUCUCCAUCACAUAUGAACGGGAUAACAUCAUUGUCUUCAU